CCGGAUCACAGUCUACUUUCUCUCAGGCUGUCCUUCAUAAAUUACAUUUAUGACUCUAGCCAAAUGCUGAAUAAACAACUGAGGAGCGUUACAAAUGUGAUUCCAUACCCUUUAGGAGAAAAUAAUUGAGUACGUAAUUGCUGUGAACUGGUGUACAAACUGAUUUGUGAGUGGCCAGAAGAGGACCAGAGUGUUGAAGAUGAUCAAGGCGCUGGUGCUAGGGUUGGUUUGUUUUGUGACAUUUCCUGACUCUACAGAGGCUCAGUUUCCUCGAUUCUGUAGCACGGUGGAGGGGAUCGUCUCAAAGCAGUGCUGCCCUGCUCUCAUUUCUGAUCCUGCUAAUGUGUGUGGAACUUUAUCUGGACGAGGAAACUGCUCUGACAUCAGAGUCAGUACCAAACCCUGGGGUGGACCAUAUAGGUUGAGAAAUGUUGAUGAUCGAGAAAGGUGGCCUACCAAAUUCUUCAAUAGGACAUGCAGGUGCUCUGGUAACUUUGGUGGCUUCGACUGUGGCCAGUGUAAGUUUGGCUGGACAGGACCAAACUGUGACGUGCGUAAAGCCCCGGUGGUGAGGAAGAACAUCCACUCUCUGACUCCAGCGGAGCUUCAGGAGUUCCUGGAUGUAUUGGACCGGGCCAAGAACACCAUCCACCCAGACUAUGUAAUCGCCACACAGCACUGGCUGGGCCUGCUGGGGCCCAAUGGAACCCAGCCCCAGUUCUCCAACAUCUCCAUCUACGACUUCUUUGUGUGGCAACAUUACUAUUCUGUCAGAGACACACUUUUAGGUCCAGGUCAUCCUUUCAAGGCCAUUGACUUUUCCCACAAAGGACCAGCCUUCGUCACCUGGCACAGAUACCACCUCCUCAGUCUGGAGAGAGACCUGCAGAGACUGACUGGCAAUGAGAACUUUGCUGUUCCAUACUGGAACUUUGCCACAGGGCAGACUGAGUGUGACGUCUGCACAGAUUCUCUCCUGGGGGGACGCAACCCAGAAGACCCCUCCCUCAUCAGUAACCAGUCCAGGUUCUCCAAUUGGGGGGUGGUGUGUGACAGCCUGGAUGAAUAUAACCGCCUGGUCACUCUCUGUAAUGGGACCAGUGAGGGACGCAUUAGGAGAGGUCAUAUGGGUGGCGUGAGGACCAACAUGAGUCUGCCCACCAUGAAUGAUGUCAGGAGCUGUCUAAACAUCAGAGACUUUGACAACGCUCCCUUCUACACUAACUCUACCUUCAGCUUCAGGAAUGCUCUUGAAGGCUAUGACAAGCCAGAUGGAGAGGCAGAGCUUGACUCCUCAGUGAACAACCUGCACAACCUGGUCCACUCCUUCCUCAAUGGAACCAGUGCUCUGUCUCACUCUGCAGCCAAUGACCCCAUCUUUCUAGUGCUUCAUACAUUCACUGAUGCCAUUUUUGAUGAGUGGAUGAGGAAAUCUGUUCCAUCAAACUCCAGUUUCCCCGAUGAGAUGGCCCCCAUCGGUCACAACAGAGAUUACAACAUGGUGCCAUUCUUCCCUCCUGUGACCAAUGAAGAGAUUUAUGUGGCUUCUGAUCAAUUGGGAUAUUCUUAUGCCAUUGACCUGGAGGCUACAGACGGUGGAUUUGUGUUUGUGCUGGGGUCCACUCUGGGUGGUGUUUUCCUGGGUCUCCUGGUUCUUCUACUCAUCUUGGUCCUCUACUUGCAACAGCGCAGGAAACGUGGCUUUGAACCCCUUAUCAAUGCACAGUUCACCAACAAAAAGUACACAGAGGAAGCCUAAACAUCUCUGUAGGUACGCUCUACUGCCUAUCCUCACUGGAGCAUUCAACCCUGUCCAGACACUCUCUACAUUCUAAGAUUCUCAUUUCACAGGUGGCUGUGGUCGGCUUUGAGCCUGUCUCCGCAGACAGAACCACUCAGGCGCCAGAGAUAAAUGCAGGGGCCUUUUUUGCCUUUGGCAUUUUUAGUCUUCAAUGUGCUAUGUUUUUACCUACUACAAUUUGGCACGUCAUCUCCUCUUGAUCCUCAUUCGUUCUCUCCUGUUUUCAGUAAUGAAUAACUACAUAUAAACAACAUUUGGUUUGAAUCAAUGUUAUGUGUACUGUAAUUUCAUCAGAUCUACUUAUGAAUUAUAAAGACAUUAGUGGUUACAGGUAAAUACAGAUGUUGACAUUAGCUCACUUGACAUUAGAGAUAUUUAAGUGCAUUAACUUUAACUGCACAUGUAUCUUCCAUAAAACGGAUCAAUGAAUGAUCAUGUCAAUAAAUGUUGGAAAUCUGGAAA